AAGGAAACUCCUCCCUGUCGACAGCACGCCGCUCUCAUAGCGCAAUGGUCUCCUGGAUUAUUUCUAGGCUUGUGGUGCUCAUAUUUGGUACUCUUUACCCGGCAUACUCCUCAUAUAAAGCUGUUAAAUCGAAAGAUGUGAGAGAAUAUGUGAAAUGGAUGAUGUACUGGAUAAUAUUUGCACUUUUUACUACAGUUGAAGUGAUUACUGAUAUCUUUUUGUGCUGGCUCCCAUUCUACUAUGAACUCAAAAUUGCCUUUGUGGUGUGGUUACUUUCCCCAUACACAAAGGGAUCCAGUGUUUUAUAUAGAAAAUUUGUCCACCCUACACUGUCCUCUAAGGAGAAGGACAUCGAUGAAUACCUUUGCCAAGCAAAAGAUAAAAGCUACGACACCCUGAUGCAUUUUGGAAGGAGAGGCCUAAAUGUGGCGGCAACAGCUGCUGUAAUGGCUGCCACUAAGGGCCAGGGUGUUCUCUCCGAGCGCCUCCGCAGUUUCAGCAUGCAGGACCUGUCAUCUUUCCAGGAAGAGGGCCAGGCAAAGAAUGCAAGUUCUGUAACUACUCAACCUGCAGCCGCGCAGCACAGAACACGCACUAUGAUGCGCAGCAAAUCAGAUGCUGGUUACAGCAAGGGCCAUGAUUUUGACAUGACCGAAUAUGAGAUGUUGAACUUGGAGCAAUAUGCCCCCAUUGAGCCUCCUGGUCCGCUGACACCCACACCCACCCCGACCCCAUCCCAGCCCACUCUGCCUCAGCCUGAGCCCAUGACUCCACUGCUUUCCCCUCCUGAGUCCUUCCAGGAUAAAUCCGCAUCCCAACCCGUAGCCUCAGAGGAACAUGAGGAGAAGGAGGAAUUUGCCUCAUCUGCUUCAGUCCAAUUCAGAGUUAAGAGGCGUGCCCCUGAGCCUCCUCCUAGAACCCUAAGACCUGUCACCCGAUCCAGAUCAAAGAACGCCCUCUCUUUGGACACUGAAGCCAUGUGACUGUGCAUAUACUCCGAGAGCGCUUUAGCUGUCUUACCUGCAACAUGAGAAGACGCAACAAGGGAAGGCAGAGAAAAAAAUGGAAUGCAGCCCAAAUGUUCAAAUAUUCAAAAGCAGCCUUGCUCUAUAAUGAGGUAACCAAAGCGAUGUGCAACCUUUCGCUUCUGAUCUUUGACACUCAAGAGGGAGGGGAUUCAUUUAGGUAACACGUUCACGUGCAUACUACUGCUCUGAGACACUUUGGGGGUUAUUAAACUUGUUUUGUAUAUAUUUAUGGUAUGUUUGAGUGUCGACUGUUUGAUUUCUUGGUAUGAUUUUGGGAGAAACAAACGCAUGCAUGUCCCUCUGGUCACCCAACCAUAAUCACUGCACACAGUCAUAAUACUUACUGUUUAUGAACAUAUUUUAUUUUUAGGGGGACUGCACUCAUUUCGGGUCGCCCAAAGCCCCCCCAAUGACUACUGAGUAGCAAGGUGUUUCAGAAUCAGCCUUUCUUAGAACAGUAGUUCUUAGUGAAAAAAAAAUACUGCACUGAUGUGGUAGGUGUGUUUGACUGCAAACAUAACAUUUAUUUCAUGAUUUAUGUAUCAACAAAUGCAAGGGUUCAUCUGUAGAGACGGACUUUUUAAUACAUGCUUGUAGUUGAACCAAAUAUAGGUAUUGAUCACAAUACCCGAUGUGAUUUGUGAUUUAAAAUAGAUGGACAAAGUGCAAUGUAUUUUACGAUUCUUCUAAACUUUCAAUAGUUCAGCCAUAAACUUAAAAUAUUGCGCUGUAACUUCAUAUAAAGUUAAUCAAUAACCAUCUUGUUAAAAAUACACUAAAAAUCUUUCUAGACAGAAAGAGGCAAUUAAGUUGAUAUUUGUUUAUGGAGAUUCUUACUUUACCUCAUUAAUUAUUAGGUAUAUGCAGUAUUUUUUUAUAAUUUCAAAACUCAGCACUGAUUGAUCAACAUGGAAUUUCAUGUAUUUUGAUGUAAUUUAAGCUGAAUAUUUUCUGUUAUUUCUUAGUUUGGCUUCUUAAACCUCUUCAGUUGCUUGAUGUUGCAUGUAUUAUUGCCAAUGACAAUUUGAAUGUGUCUCACAUUUUUGGCCUUCAGUAUUAAAGUACCUUAUCAGAGUUGAGCAGGCAUUAGUGGUGAUUUGGCACAACACAAAGCGGGUCCUUCAGUCAGUGUAGUCGUUUUACUUUUGUAGCAUUCACACAUUUAGUCAUAUGAGGACAAACAAAUGUCUGAAAACACUGUGCAAUUACAUUAGCAUGUAUCACUGAGAAACUCAACAACAGUUUGCUGUUGCAUCAUUCCUGAUCACAGUCAAGUAACUUGUAAAUCUCUAUGUCAUGGAGAGGACAGCAGUGCAUCAACUAUCAAACACAUAGCAAACACAGCUGGAUCUUAGAACAUUGUAUAUUUAGAAAGCUGUUCACAAUGUGUUUUAUACUGUGAGAAUGAUGAAAAUCCUAGUCUCAUAAACACGCUUUGACUUGUUGUAUUUGCGAUCUUGUAGCCGUUCAAAUGAUUAUAUCAAACUUCACUGACAAAAUAGCAGGCUCAGGAACAGUUUUUGUCAUUUCAUCACAAUUUUAUUUGAACGUGAAAAUAUCUACAAUGUGAACUAAAAAAGUCAUUGGAAUAGUGAUUAUCUGGUUGGCGUUCUUUUUGUUGGGUUUGUGUUUCCAGUUUUUACAGUGAGAGAGUAGCAUUUUCUCUAUGUGAGAUUGGCGGGAUUUUAAAGUGCUCUGUAUGGAACCAUCUUUGGCCUUUUACAGCAUAUAAAAACAGCUGACUGUUGCUUCUUUGUAUAUUCAGGUCAUUCAAGGCACAACCUUUGAAAUACCAUGUGAAGAGCAGUUUAGUUGUGGUUUAGGUAAUCUGUCAUUCGGUGGGAAAAUAGCUAUUUAUGAAUUUAACCCAUUUUAAAGGGGUGG